GUUCGACAUUUAACCUUCAUUUUGCGUUAAAUAUGUUCUUCUCUCCACCCAGAAGUACUUCUAUCCUGGCUAUCGAGUUCUUUGAUGAUCUUCAGGCUACGCCGGAUCAGCUAAAAUACGCCGAUCUCCGUUCGUUUUCCGAUCAUAUGGGGCUGCUUGACCAGUUGUGGGACGAUACCGUUGCGGGUCCCCGACCCGAUAACGGCCUCGGCAAGCUCCGAAAGCACUCCAUUUUCACUUCCCGGCCUAACUCCGCCAAGGAAUCUGAUGGCGGGAGUGUGAGCUCGUACGGUGAUGAAACGCCGGGGGAAGCGACGAGAGUGACACGUAGUAUUAUGAUCGUAAAACCUCCUGGUUACCAGACCGGAUCGCCGCCGGUUUCGCCAGCCGGAUCAACUCCUCCGGUGUCUCCUUUUUCCGAGAGUCGUUUCGAUUUCGGAGAAGGUCGGCAUCGGACGCUUGUGAGAAGGUUAACGAAGUUGGACAGAGAAGCCCUCGUCCUCCUUAUGACGUCUGAGAUAUGAGCCGUCUCCCCGUAUUUGGCGAAAAAUCAAGUACCUUUGCAGCUUGAGUUUUAAUGUACGUCAAGGCUAGGUUUGGGUACCUUUUGCAUGUGUGGUUAGUUCUUUUGGAUGUGUAGAACUUGUAUAGAGGGGUUUGAAUGGUGGUGUCAUGUAAAAUUGAAGUUUGCUACCUAUAGAGUUUGUGACCGUUUCCCACCGUUGUUGUUCGAAACUUGUCGAAAUAAGACUCCGGUGCCGGUGCCGGAUUCUCUUC